UUAGUCCGUACAAAUGUUUAGUGUACAUUAGUGUUUAGUGUGGCGAAAUUACCCUUGGAGAAAGCAGAAGAAUCUCCAGUUCUCCAGUUUUAGAGUCAUAGACCAACACAGCGUCAAUGAAACAAGUGCAUGUGCCUUGUUGCCGCAAUCUAUCUAUUGAUAUUAAAAUAACUUCCCUUCGGCAAGACUCUCUCUCUCUCUCUCUCAAAACCUCAUUCUUUCUCAAUUACUCUUGACGCACACAACACACGAACAUACAGGGAGAGGGAGAGGGAGAGGGAGUGUGUGUUUCGUCUCUCUUUCUCUUGAUUUCUGUGUAGGUAUAAGUCGAGUAGAAAGUUUGUGCAAUGUCAGUACAGAAGAGAUCACCUGAGAAUCUAAUGGAAGAUUCUUAUCAUCAUCAUCAUCAUCAUCAACAGCAACAAGAACGUCAUGACUGCUAUCAAAAACAACAGACGCUCCAACAAAAUGAAGAACAAAUACAAGAUAGAGUGGGAGACGAUGAUUCUGAUCCAACCCCUUCUUCUAGUAGCGGUGAUGAUAAAGAUGAUUUCGUGUUAGUAAAAUUAUCAGAGAUACGCAAAGAAGUGCAGUGUCCAAUAUGUCUAGGUAUUAUCAGGAAGACGAGAACUGUAAUGGAAUGUCUGCAUCGCUUUUGCAGGGAAUGCAUUGACAAAUCAAUACGUCUUGGGAACAAUGAAUGUCCUGCUUGUCGUACACAUUGUGCAAGUCGUCGUUCUUUGAGAGAUGAUCCCAAUUAUGAUAUCCUUAUUGCAACUCUAUAUCCAGACAUUGACGAGUAUGAGGAGAAGGAACUGGCAUUUGGCGAUGAGGAAAAGAUUCGCAAUAAGCAUAUCCAAGACUAUAUCGCCCAGACUGUUCGACGACAAUCAUCAGCUCUUGGUAGUACUCAUAAAAACCGUACAACAGCUAAAUUCGUGACUUCAUCUACAAGGACAACUGAUCAGCCAAAUAAACGAAGAGGAAGAAGAAGAAACAACGAAUCAACUCAAAGUUCUGAAGACGAUGAUCAUGUAAACGGCACUGGUAGCAGCAAUGGUAAUGGUUAUGUUAAUUGUAACAGGGUAGAUGGAAGGUCAUCUUCUAGUGAUGAUUCAAGUAUAGAUCUGAAGCCAAGAAAGCGCAGGAGAUGGGUAAGGGGCUGUUCUUCGCAGCCUUCUUCAGCAUCUGCUAAUGCAAAUACUGAGUUUAAUGAAAACAAUGGUUCAGAAGAUGUUACCAAAGAGAGUGCAGAUCCAUUUAAAACUCCUGGGUUCGUUAGGUUACCUGAAGUGCUUGUUUGGGGUAAGGGUGGGACUCGGAGUCACAGUCGACAAAGAAAUCUAACCGCUGGGAACAGUAUGAACAGUAGGAUCCCUCGAAGCAACCCCCUAUUCGACUUGGUAGAUAAUAUUCACAAGUUAGAGGAAGACAACUCCGAGGCAUAAAAUAAGGAUGCUAAUUGGAAAAUUUGCUUCAUAAGUUCUCUACUAUUGGUGGAGAGAACGCAUCUGGGGUUACUUUGUUUAGUUGGUUGUACAUUGCACAGGUUUAUUUAUUUAUUUUUUGAUGAACAAAAUAUACACAGAUAGCAGUGAGAUUGCUCCUCCAUAUCUCUCGAUUUUUUUAUUUU